CUUGCUGUCCAUUUGAAACCCACAACUGAGGUCUGUAGCCCCCCACUCAGGGUAGUGAGGAUGGAAGAAAGGAGGCUUUACCAAGAACUCAGUCUAAAAGGUGGGCAGGCUGUGCUAUGAGGUCAGUUUUGGGGGAACCACCUGAGCGGUGCAGUUCAGAGGACCAUGGGAAGGAGGCCAUAAAAGUGAACUAGUGGCGUGUCUAUGUGAUAAAGGUGGUCUUGACUCUAGACCACCUAAGGAGUUCCCUUUCAACUCCAUCUAGUACAGCAUUAAUCAUAAUUGUUAGAGGAUUUGGAAGGUGUAAAAAUUCUCAGAGGGAAAAACAUCGAGUAUUAGAGAUGACCAGAGACAGAGACCUAGUCACUGUCCUUCAGGCCCAAAACUUCAAGUCCUGAACCAUUGCCCCUUACACUUUGACCCUAAAAGCUUUUGAAACAGAAAGUUUGAAUCUUCAUGGUCCUCCAGACAGCAGAUGCAUCUAUGUACUUGUCCCUGUUGUUUCUAAGAGUCUUCUAACCAACCCUUCCAUCCUUCCCUACUCAGUAAGGUUUGAUGAUCCACACCCCCUUUCCCACCAGGUCUCCUAGCACAUAAAAGGAGUUGGCCUAUUGCUUUGGAAAGAUUUUGGAUCCCUAUCCCUGGCCCUACAUCCCUGUAGAACCCAAAUAAGGGCAAAAUAACCCUUGAUUCCCACUGAGGGUGGGAAGUAGGUCAGUGCUACUGCCUGGCUAAGUCUCGUGGUUGGUGUUUAGGGCCUGACUAUAGAAAACUCUGAUUAUUGCCCACAGGCAAUGCAUGCAUGAUCUGGGUUCCAGGUCAGUUCAUAAAAUCUGGGGCUCUGGGGCUCUGUCAGUGCUUUCUCCUACUGAGAAGAACUUGUGGGAUCAGGUUCUUGCGACCUCUUUGGUGAGGAGAUGAUUCUGGAGAUCUUGACUGAGUCUAGGAGGGUCUCUCAGUGGGUUUUGUUGAUUUGAGGCUACCCUCUGGGGAAACUUUCUGCUUGGGAAUUCAGCUUCACUUUGAGCUUUCUUGUAUAUCACUGCAUUUCCGUCCUGGAAAACUGCUAUGUGCAAAGCAGUGUUUUGUUUUGUUUUUGGGAGGAAGCUUUGCCCAAUUCCUACUCUACUUGCCUUGGUAUGAGAUCAGCCUCCCAUGAGGUAUUUUGUUUACUAUCCUAUAGGCAGUUUUAAGGGCCCUAGAAUCUUCUCAGAAUCAGAGUAUGUGCCCAUAGGUUAGUCAGCUAUGACCAUGCAGUAUUCCCAGCCUCCUCCCCCUCCUCCCCCACCAUCUGCUUCCUCUGAAUAUACCAGAUUGGCUGUACACCAGGAUGUUCCGGGAAUCCCCAGGAGAGCAACAGAAUGUGAUGGACCCAAAUAUGAUGCCUCAGUAACUCAUUCCAGGAUGUACAAACUGUAACUGUCAGAACACUCCUUAUAGCUAAUUAAAAUUCUUCUAGUUACAUCUAUUUUCUGUUACAUCUGUCUAUUUUCAGUGACAUCCAAAAGGCCAAAAUAAUCCCUCUGGUACCACUGGUUUCUUUUUCCCCCUCUACGGUUUCCAGAUAAGAAUUUCUAAAAAUCCUCUGGCUUUUCUCAUUGCCUUAUGUGAGGUGCUAAAAUGGCAAAUGUGGCCCCUCUAGCACUUGAUUGCUCUAUGGUAUGGAGGUGGCCAAAGAGGCUCCUCUGGUAGCCCACUGCACUCUCCAUGGUACUGAAGGAAUGACCAUUUGUUUCAACAUCUCUCUGGGGUCCAGAAGAGUCCUAUGACUCAGAACCACAAAACUUUUGAACUGGAGGGGACCAUCAGUAUAAAUUAGUCUAACCCCCUUAUUUUACAAAUGAGUAAACUGGGAAGUUAAGUGAUUUACUGAAGGUUGCAGGGCUAUUAAUGAUCUGACUGGGCCCACAAUAGUGUUGUGUACCCCCUCAGUCCUACACUAAUUCAUCUUUCAUUAUAUUACUUAAUGAACUCAACAAGGCUCUUGGUCUCAGGAAAGGGGCUUAUUUGGAGGAUCCAGAAGAUGAGAGUGGAUGCCUUAAUUUGGAGCUGCAGAAAUAAAGAUAUUAAAAGUUGUGGUGGAGGUUGUUUAGUGACCUUGGACAAAGACAUUUUGUUAAUUAAUCUCCUGUUAAUAAAAUUCCCAUCACCCAGAUUCCACAUGUAACAGGUACCUGACCCUUCAUAGCGUCUUGUCCCAUCUACUAAACGUCAAAAAUUAAAGCAUCCUUGGGUCUCCAGAGCCUUUUUUCUUUGCAGGGCUGACCCUAGCUCAGUUCUCUUCUGUUACAAUUCCUUAAGCAAAAUAAUGCUGAAUCCUUUUCUUUCUCUGUAACCAAUUUCAGUUCCAUAAUGCCUAUUGUAAGGAGGUUCUUUAUACCUCAAACAUUCUGUCUCAAGCCAAAAAAAAAAAAAAAAAAAGAAUUCAGGUAAGGUCCACAUUUGUCUAGCUUUGACCACAUACAGUUCUAUAUGUAAGCAAGAAAGACAGACUAGAUGACUUCUGGUCAUUCUUCUAGGCCUAUUUCCAUGAAUCUUAAUUCUGAGGUUGCUUCUAAGUCCUAAUGCUAACCUCCUCUGCAGCUUAGAAUCAGGAGAUCCUCGCCCCCCACCCCCACCCCGAAGUCCUCUUCCUCUCGGUGCUCUUCUCCUUCCUCAGAACUGGAGCUCUGCACAUCCCAGGCCCAGGGAAUUGUAGCCUGGAGAAUUUUAACCCUUUUCAGCUCAGAGCUUGUGCUGAGCCCCUAUCUGUGCAGAUGGCCCAGCCCCGCCCCCCGUCCCUCACUCCAGCCUCUUGAGCUCAGAGCCAGUGUAAUCCUCCUCUUGUGUGAGGGAGCCUCUCCCCUGCAGAGAGGAGGAAAGCCUACCUCGGAACAGCCCUGGACAAAGGGGCUGAGGUGCCCCGUCAAACUGCAGGCUCCAAGGUUUGAAACGAGGGGAUGAAUUCUAUCCGGUAUUUGCAGUUUUUAACCCCUUCCCGAGGCCAGCAGCGCCUCUUAACUUCCACUCCUCCCCCAACUCUCUCUUCAUUCCUUUUCCCUCUGGCUCUCUCCCCCUUCAUGCCCCUCCCCCUCUGUCUGUCUCCAGACUCUGCUGCUGGGAGGUGUUUCUCUCCCAUGCAUGAAUGAGUCUCUGUAAUGAAUGGAAAUGAAUGGAUCAGGAAUCCAGGCGGAGGGAGGAAGAAUAAGGGGGAAAGACAGAAAGACAGGAUAAAGGCAGAAGGAAGAACUAUGGAGCCUGCAAGAAUGUUUGGCUGGCUGGUCAGUUAGGGGUCUGAGAGCAACUGGUCCCACUUGGAUAGCUGAGGAGCAUGGCAAGCCGACCCCAUUUGCUUUUCCCACUGCACAGCCCAGUUUAAAUGAGAGAAGAGUAUACUGUGAUGGUCUCUUCCACCACCAGGGUGGCAGAGACUUGGGUGGGGGGCGUGGUGGUGGUGGUGGUGGUGGUGGUGAUGGUUGUUGUGGAUAAGGCAUUUAAAAUGAAUAAUUUGGGGGGGAAGAAAUCUGGGUUAUCAGGGAGCCUUGUGGACAAAUAAAGUAGUACAAGUUUUGAAGACAGCAGCUUCCUGCUGUCUCAGGAUGUAAGGGAGGAGAAGGGAUAGAUUCCAGGGUGCUAAGAGCUUGGGGCUCUCUGGAAGAGGCUGGGGUUAGGGGUGACUUUUUCCACUGCUGAAAAUCAGGGCUCAUCCUUUGCUCCAAAUCUGUCUCUCUUGCUUUAGCUCUUCAGCACCUGUUGCCUUCACUAGCAGCUUUUCCCCCCUCCUCUUCCGUACACUCCUCAGAACCAAAGAAUGUGAAGGGGGUCCAUGGAGGGCUCACGUCCCCGCGCCCCGGUCGGCCACCUAGCGCCGUCGCCCCCGGCUUUCGACGGCGAACUGGAUCUGCAGCGCUACUCCAACGGGCCAGGCGUGAGCGCCGGGUCUCCAGGGAUGGGAGCAGUGGGCUGGUCUGAAAGUCGCGCAGGCGAACGGCGCUUCCCCUGCCCUGUAUGCGGGAAGCGCUUCCGCUUCAACUCUAUCCUGGCUUUGCACCUGCGGGCGCACCCAGGCGCCCAGGCCUUCCAGUGCCCGCACUGCGGCCACCGUGCGGCGCAGCGGGCGCUGCUGCGCUCACACCUGCGCACGCACCAGCCCGAGCGCCCGCGAAGCCCCGCGGCGCGCCUGUUGCUGGAGUUGGAGGAGCGCGCUCUACUGCGGGAGGCCCGGCUGGGGAGACCUCGAAGCUCAGGGGGCCUGCAGGCCACCCCAGCCACCGAGGGCCUGGCGCGGCCCCAGGCUCCUUCGUCGUCCGCCUUCCGUUGCCCCUUCUGCAAAGGCAAAUUUCGCACCGCGGCGGAGCGCGAACGCCACCUGCACAUUCUGCACAGGCCCUGGAAGUGCGGCCUGUGUAGUUUCGGCUCCAGCCAGGAGGAGGAGCUGCUGCACCACAGCCUGACGGCCCACGGAGCUCCCGAACGCCCCCUGGCGGCCGCCUCGGCUGCGCCCCAGCCCCAGCCUCCACCCCAGCCUGAACCUAGAUCGGUCCCUGAGCCAGAGCCGGAGCCUGAAAGUGAGGCAACCCCCGCCCCCGCUCCUGCUGCUCCCGAGGAGCCCCCCGCGCCUCCGGAGUUCCGCUGUCAAGUGUGUGGCCAGAGCUUCACGCAGUCCUGGUUUCUCAAGGGUCACAUGCGCAAGCACAAGGCCUCCUUCGAUCAUGCAUGUCCUGUUUGUGGCCGCUGCUUCAAGGAGCCCUGGUUCCUGAAGAACCACAUGAAAGUGCACGCCAGCAAGCUGGGCCCACUGCGUGCUCCGGGGCCUGGUUCCGGGCCUGCCCGGGCCCCCCAGCCUCCUGACCUGGGUCUACUUGCCUAUGAGCCUCUGGGCCCUGCGCUCCUCUUGGCCCCGGCGCCCACCCCGGCUGAGCGCCGUGAGCCUCCGAGCCUCCUGGGCUACCUGAGCCUGCGAGCCGGCGAGGCGCGGCCCAACGGUGAGGGCGCUGAGCCCGGGGCUGGCCGCAGCUUUGGAAGCUUCCGCCCCCUGCCCUCUGCUCUCCCAGCCCGGGCUCGCAGGCACCGCACCGAGGAGCCAGACGAGGAAGAGGAGGUGGUGGAGGCAGAAGAAGAGACCUGGGCCCGGAGCAGGGCGGUGGGCCCUCUGGCUUCCCUGCCCCCGCGCCCAGGCGAGGCCCCGGGGCACUCUGGGCCUGCCGCAGGGGCCCAGGCGAGGUCCACCGCCACGCAGGAAGAGAAUGGGCUGUUAGUUGGAGGGGCCCGGCCUGAAGGGGGCCGGGGGGCCACCGGCAAGGAUUGCCCCUUUUGUGGAAAAUCCUUCCGCUCAGCGCAUCACCUCAAAGUGCACCUGCGAGUGCACACAGGAGAGCGCCCCUACAAGUGUCCGCACUGCGACUACGCGGGCACCCAGUCCGGCUCGCUCAAGUAUCACCUGCAGCGCCACCACCGGGAGCAGAAGAGCGGAGCCGGUCCCGGGCCACCCCCAGAGCCGCCGCCCCCUUCCCAGCGGGGUUCGGGCCAGUCGUCCGGAGCCAAGGCGGCUCCGCAGCCUGCGACCUGGGUAGAGGGCAGAGCGAGCCCCCGGCCUCCCGCGAGUGGCGGCGCGCCGGGGUCCCGUCGGAAGCCCGCCAGCCCCGGGAGGACCCUGCGCAACGGGCGAGGCGGUGAGGCCGAGCCCCUGGACCUGUCCCUGCGGGCAGGGCCGGGAGGCGAGGCUGGGCCAGGGGGUGCCCUCCACCGAUGCCUCUUCUGUCCCUUCGCCACUGGAGCCCCCGAGCUCAUGGCCUUGCACCUACAAGUGCACCACAGCCGCAGGGCUCGGGGCCGCAGGCCGCCCCAGGCCGAUGCAUCCCCGCCCUAUGCCCGAGCACCGUCAGGAGAGACCCCUCCCACUCCUCCGCAGGAAGGGGAGGAGGGCCCCGGGCUGUUGAGAUCCGGAGAGGCUGGGCUAGGGGGCCAAGAAAGGUAGGGAGCCCUCUUAGGGGGCCGGUAGCUUAGUUUCCCCCGCCGGAGCGGGGCAGCGGUAGAGGUAGUUGGGUAGAGCAGCCAGCAGCGGGCAGCGUGGGACCCAUAUCCCAGCCCCGGGCGGACCAGAGGUGGAGGAGCAGAGAGCGUGAGGACGGUGGGCGGGCGACACCCACCCAGCCCAGGGGAGAGUCACAGUGCCUUAGCAGUGGCAGGGGUGAGGAUCAAAGAACGGGGUCCCAGGGCUGGCAGAGAGGAGUGUUCCUGCUGAGGGGCAGCUCUGCCAGUCUUUGCUGGUCCAUAGGCGUGAGAGUUUAUUUUUGUACAAUGGGUGGGGGUGGGGGGCACUGCACCCUUCUAGCCCCUUCAGGGGCCCUGUAGACGUCGCUAUUUUUGGUACGAUUCCUGUCAUCCCUGUCGCAGAGUUGUGUCCCCAAUAAACAGGUGUCUUGAGACACAG